AUGGCGUCUGCUUCCACGCUGCGGGCUGUCCGCUGCUCCACCUGCAGUGCGUCGACCCUGCGGCUGUUCAUUGGCAACUUUGCAGACGUCCAGGGUCGCGAGUCAGUGACGAUUUCGAAAAGCAGACGUUUCGCCCCGACUGCCGCCGCGGCAUUCUCAACUUUCCGGCCUACCCCGCGUUGGUUCGGAAGCCCGGCGCUCGAAGAAAGCGCAAAGCAGCAGCGGGACGAUGAUGAUCAAGACGCCGAUGCAUCCUCUCAGACCACCUCGUCAGAUGUACCCUGGUAUCUCCAAGUCGAGCCACCGAGACACCCGACACUAAUCCAUGAACCGGCGCCGCUACCAGAGGUCCCCGAUGGCGCCCCCAAGCUGAUGGAGCCGCUCCUCAAAUAUGUGGCCGACGAACUAGGCUUGGACGACCUGUCGCUGCUCGACCUGCGCGAGAUGGAUCCGCCGCCGGCGCUUGGACCGGAUUUGUUGAUGCUUUUUGGGACAGCCCGCAGUGAGCGCCAUCUUCACGUUUCGGCAGAUCGACUUGUUCGAUGGCUGCGCGGCCGCGGCAUCGCCGCCACUGCAGAUGGGCUGCUCGGUCGGAACGAGCUCAAGAUCAAGCUCAGGCGUCUUGCCCGCAAGGCGAAGCUGUUGGGAAACUCUGGGGUCAUGCGCGGCGGAGACGACGGUAUCAGCACGGGCUGGGUGUGUGUCAAUCUCGGCUUGGUUGGGGGGUCGCAUCAGGAGGUGGAGAUGGUGGACGAGCAGGGCAGGCAGAUGGGCUUUGGUGUGCCACGGACGGGGAGCACCAUCGUGGUUCAAUUGCUGACCGAACCUCGGAGAGAUGAUUUGGAUUUGGAGUCGUUUUGGAGGGACAUGCUGCAGAAAAGCCUGUCGAAAACGAAUUCAUUGAGGGCCGCUAACGCUUCGAAAGCAGCUCGUCUCAACUCGUCAUUACCGGCGCGGCCAACCCAUGACUAG